AUGAGUUUCCUCGCCGAAUGGAAGCCUUUGGCCCCAGCCACGGACGAGGAAAUAUUUAGCUCAGGAGGCAGUAUCAAAGAGGAGUUCACCGAAUAUAUUUCUGAGGAUACUUGUUUUGAAAUUAAGGAAGAGCAAUUUGAUUAUGCAGAUAAAGAGAAGCUGAAGGAUCGUGAUGACAUAUUAAGACCGCCAUUAAUAUUAGAUAAUUAUGGGAACAGAGGUUCAUCAGAUGGGGAUCAAGCGAUGCACAAAGAAAGUCGUAAAGAGUAUACAGAUCUUAUCAAUAAUCAUAUAAUAGUCCACCCAAAAGAGAAGCCAUAUAGCUGUGAAAUCUGCAAUAAGCUCUUCUCAAAGAAAUUUAAACUAGUGUACCAUAUGAGAUGUCCAUGUGAGAGGACGUUAAAAAGGAGUAAGCCAUACCGCCUGCGAAAUUUGCACAGGCUUAACUCGCAGAGGCGUAGUCUAGUGAACCGUCUAGAGUGCACCACAGGAGAAGCCAUACAGUGUGAAAUUUGUAACACGGCCUUCUCUGGGCUUGUGCCAUAUGAGAAUACUACAAACGAGAAUCCAUACAGCCGUGGAGUUUGCAAUAAGGACUUCCGAUCCAAAACGAUCUAG